AUGUCUCGCUCUCCUGCUCGUGAUCAUCCCGCAAGGCCCCUUGGCCCAUCCAGUCCGCACCCGACCACGUACCCGCAAUUCAUCCUCUUCGGCGACAGCAUCACCCAGUUCUCUUCUCAAGUCCUGUUUGCCUCCCUAGCCGAGUGGUACUCGCGCCGCCUCGAUGUUGUCAAUCGCGGCUUCAGCGGCUACACGGCUCCUAUGGGCUAUGACAUUCUCCGGCAAUUUUUCCCAUCUGCUCCGUCACCAGCCACAUCGAGGAUACAACUGAUGACCAUCUUCUUUGGUGCAAACGACGCCUGCCUUCCCGGUCAUCCUCAACAUGUUCCCCUCGCCGAGUAUCAACGAGCCCUCAGAGCCAUAAUAAGCUUCCCCGGGGUCGAGUUACACCAGACGGAAUGUCUCCUCAUCACUCCACCACCCGUAGAUGAAUGGCAGUUAGGUUCCAGCGAAAGGACAGCAGAACACACAGCGAGAUAUGCCGCAGCGUGUCGAGAGGUGGGGCGAGAAAUGGGCCUCCCCGUCCUCGACCUCUGGACAAUAUUUAUGAGUAAGGCUGGCUGGCAGGAAGGUUCGACAGGCCCCUUGAUAGGAAGCAAGGACGCCGCGAGAAAUGAGGUGUUGGGAAAGCUGUUGAACGACGGAUUGCACCUCACUGUACAGGGCUACAAUCUGUUGUACGAGGCAUUAGUCCGAGUCAUUCGAGAUCAUCUACCGGACCACCUGCCAGAGAAGUUGCCCUAUAUAUUCCCCGAUUGGAAGGACAAGCUGGGAAUUCCAGGGUAG